UAGCUGUGCUGGCUGAGGAUUUUCUCUUCCCCACCCCCCUCUGUCUCCUCUUUGCAUGUCUGUGUGUCCGAGGGGAGGAAGAAAGGAAGAAAAGAGGGAGGGGAAGGAAGGAGAGAGCGAGCGAGCCUGGUUCACUGUGCUGGGAGCUGCCACCUCAACAUGGUGUGACUCGCCUGCUCGCAGCCAGUCCGCAGGAGAGACAAGGGGAAGAGUCGCACAAUAGGGACCGGGAGACGAAGAGGAGGGACUGCUGCACCCCAAUGAGGAGUUGGAGCCCUGCAAGCAGAGAGUGAGGGGGGAGAGGUUCUCGCCCUGCUGUGUCUGGAUCCAGAGAGGAGGGGAGUACACAGUCUGCCUGGGCUACUGAAGAAAACACAGGGCCACCAUGGCUAAUGACUCGCCUGCCAAAAGUCUGGUGGACAUAGACCUCUCCUCCUUGAGGGAUCCAGCAGGCAUCUUUGAAUUGGUGGAAGUGGUGGGCAAUGGCACCUAUGGACAAGUAUACAAGGGUCGACAUGUCAAAACAGGCCAACUUGCAGCUAUCAAAGUCAUGGACGUUACAGAGGAUGAAGAGGAGGAGAUUAAACUGGAAAUCAAUAUGCUGAAGAAAUAUUCCCAUCACAGAAAUAUAGCCACAUACUAUGGUGCUUUUAUCAAAAAGAGCCCUCCUGGGCAUGAUGACCAGCUAUGGCUUGUAAUGGAGUUUUGUGGUGCUGGCUCGAUCACUGACCUGGUGAAGAACACAAAGGGGAAUAGUCUGAAAGAAGACUGGAUUGCUUAUAUCUCUCGUGAAAUCUUGAGGGGUUUGGCACAUCUCCAUGCUCACCACGUGAUUCACAGAGAUAUUAAAGGACAGAAUGUGCUGCUAACAGAAAAUGCAGAGGUGAAGCUCGUGGAUUUUGGUGUCAGUGCACAGCUGGAUAGGACUGUCGGCCGAAGGAAUACAUUUAUUGGUACACCAUACUGGAUGGCUCCCGAAGUUAUAGCUUGCGAUGAGAACCCAGAUGCCACCUAUGAUUACAGGAGUGACCUUUGGUCCUGUGGUAUUACAGCUAUAGAGAUGGCAGAAGGGGCUCCUCCUCUUUGUGAUAUGCAUCCAAUGAGAGCGCUGUUCCUUAUUCCCAGAAAUCCUCCUCCUCGGCUAAAAUCUAAGAAGUGGUCAAAGAAGUUUUUUAGUUUCAUUGAAAGCUGUCUGGUAAAAAAUUACAUGCAGCGCCCUCCAACAGAACAGCUGUUAAAACAUCCAUUUAUAAGAGACCAGCCUAAUGAGCGACAAGUCCGUAUCCAGCUGAAAGACCACAUAGACAGGACCAGGAAGAAGAGAGGAGAGAAAGAUGAAACGGAGUAUGAAUACAGUGGAAGUGAAGAGGAGGAAGAGGAAGUGCCUGAGCAGGAAGGAGAGCCAAGCUCAAUAGUUAAUGUGCCUGGGGAGUCCACACUUAGACGUGAUUUCCUAAGACUACAGCAGGAGAACAAGGAGCGAUCUGAAGCCUUACGAAGGCAGCAGCUGCUGCAGGAGCAACAACUUCGAGAGCAGGAGGAGUACAAGAGGCAACUACUGGCAGAGAGACAGAAACGUAUAGAGCAGCAAAAAGAGCAAAGAAGGCGCCUUGAAGAGCAACAAAGAAGAGAACGAGAGGCAAGGAGGCAACAGGAGAGAGAGCAACGUAGGAGAGAGCAAGAAGAAAAGAAGAGAAUGGAGGAGAUAGAAAGGAGACGUAAAGAAGAAGAAGAACGUAGAAGAUCUGAGGAGGAGAAGAGACGAGUAGAAAGAGAACAGGAGUACAUCAGACGACAGCUGGAAGAGGAGCAAAGGCACUUAGAAAUCCUUCAACAGCAGCUGCUUCAGGAGCAGGCCAUGUUACUGGAAUACAGGUGGCGGGAGAUGGAGGAACACAGGCAAGCAGAAAGGCUUCAGCGUCAGCUGCAACAAGAACAGGCAUAUCUCAUGUCUUUACAGCAUGAUCACCGACCGCAACCACCACAGCUACAGCAGCAACCACAGCCUCAGCAGCCCCCUAUGCCACAGCAAGACCGGAGCAAGCAAAGUUACCAUGCCCCAGAGCCUAAAGCCCAUUAUGAGCAGGCCGAACGUGUGCGAGAGGCAGAAGAGCGCCUUAGGAAAACGAAUCAAGCCUCUCCUGAAGCACAGUCAAAGCAAACAGGGAGAGUGUUGGAGCCAUCAGUGCCUUCAAGAUCGGAGUCUUUUUCCAAUGGGAAUUCUGAGCCUGCUCAGCCUGCCAUGCAUAGGCCAGUGGAACCUCAGGUACAAUGGUCUCAUCUGGCAUCCCUCAAGAACAAUGUUUCCCCUGUCUCGCGAUCCCAUUCCUUCAGUGACCCUUCUCCCAAAUUUGCACCUCAUCAUCUACGUUCUCAGGAACCACACCCUUCCCCACGCAGUGAAGUUCUAAGUCAAACUUCUGACCCUAAGUCUGAGACUCCCGAGCCCAACCAAAGGGUUUGGGCUCGAUCAGACAGUGAAGAGGUGCCUCCAAGGGUGCCUGUAAGGACAACAUCAAGAUCACCUGUGUUGUCUCGAAGAGAUUCCCCUCUGCAGGGCAACGUGCAACAGAAUAACCAAUCUGGACAGAGGAAUUCCACGAGCAAUAUCGAGCCCAGGCUGCUUUGGGAGAGGGUAGAGAAGCUUGUUCCAAGACCAGGCAGUGGCAGUUCUUCAGGGUCAAGUAACUCUGGUUCCCAAGCAGGAUCACAUCCAGGAUCUCAGAGUGGAUCAGGAGAGCGCUUCCGUGUGAGAUCAUCAUCAAAAUCUGAAGGCUCACCAUCCCAACGUCCUGAGAAUACAACCAAAAAACCUGAUGAGAAGAAAGAUACUGGAAGACCGGGCAAGCCAGCUGGAGAAGUGGAUUUGACUGCUUUGGCAAAAGAACUUCGUGCUGUGGAAGAUGUACGACCUUUGCAUAAAGUAACAGACUAUUCUUCAUCCAGUGAAGAGUCUGGCACAACCGAUGAGGAGGAUGAUGACAUGGAACAAGAAGGAGCGGAUGAAUCAACCUCGGGUCCUGAGGAUGCCAGAGCGAUGUCCUCACUGAAUCUGAGUAAUGGAGAGACUGAAUCUGUAAAAACAAUGAUUGUCCAUGAUGACGUGGAGAGUGAACCUGCUAUGACGCCUUCCAAAGAAGGCACUUUAAUCGUCCGACAGAGUACAGUUGACAAAAAGCGUGCCAAUCAACUUGAGAGCAAUGGCUUUGCCGGGCGCAUUCACCUCUUGCCAGAUCUCUUACAGCAAAGCCAUUCCUCCUCCACCACUUCCUCCCCAUCAUCAAGUCAGCCGACACCUACCAUGUCCCCACAGACACCCCAGGACAAGUUAACUGCUAAUGAGACCCAGUCAGCAAGUAAUACCCUCCAGAAACAUAAAUCUUCCUCCUCCUUCACACCUUUUAUUGAUCCUCGGUUGCUACAGAUAUCUCCGUCCAGUGGUACAACUGUGACAUCAGUGGGUACUUACAUGCGCACACUGGAAGCUAACCUUAAAAAUACUAAUUUUAUUUUAGUGGGAUUUUCCAGUGAAGCGUUGAGGCCAGAUGCUAUGAGACAAGAUCCUACAAGGAAAGGAUCAGUUGUUAAUGUUAAUCCCACAAACACAAGGCCACAGAGUGAUACGCCCGAGAUUCGCAAAUACAAGAAGAGAUUUAACUCUGAAAUAUUAUGUGCUGCACUCUGGGGGGUUAACUUGCUGGUGGGUACUGAAAGUGGAUUGAUGCUGCUGGACAGGAGCGGUCAGGGAAAAGUGUACCCUCUCAUCAACAGAAGGAGAUUCCUGCAGAUGGACGUCCUUGAAGGCCUCAAUGUCUUGGUGACAAUAUCAGGAAAGAAGAAUAAACUGCGAGUGUACUACUUAUCAUGGCUGAGGAACAAGAUCCUUCAUAAUGACCCAGAGGUGGAGAAGAAGCAAGGGUGGACAACUGUAGGGGAUUUGGAGGGCUGUGUGCACUAUAAAGUUGUGAAAUAUGAGCGCAUCAAGUUUUUGGUAAUUGCUUUAAAGAGUUCAGUGGAAGUCUAUGCCUGGGCGCCAAAGCCAUAUCACAAGUUUAUGGCCUUUAAGUCAUUUGGAGAUUUGGUUCACAGGCCACUGUUGGUGGAUUUGACAGUUGAAGAAGGACAGAGGUUGAAAGUGAUCUAUGGUUCCUGUGCUGGGUUUCAUGCCGUUGAUGUGGACUCUGGAGCAGUCUAUGACAUCUAUCUACCAACACAUAUCCAGAGCAGUAUCCAGCCACAUGCUAUUAUCAUCCUACCAAAUGCAGAUGGCAUGGAAUUGCUGGUUUGUUAUGAAGAUGAAGGAGUUUAUGUCAAUACAUAUGGCAGGAUCACCAAAGAUGUGGUUCUACAAUGGGGAGAAAUGCCUACAUCAGUUGCAUAUAUUCGAUCUAAUCAGAUAAUGGGAUGGGGCGAGAAAGCCAUUGAAAUUCGAUCUGUAGAAACUGGCCACCUUGAUGGAGUAUUUAUGCAUAAAAGGGCGCAAAGGCUAAAAUUUCUGUGCGAAAGAAAUGAUAAGGUUAUAUAUGCUUCCGUUCGGUCCGGUGGAAGCAGUCAAGUGUAUUUCAUGACCCUCGGCAGGAGUUCUCUUCUGAGCUGGUAACGCAUGGAACUGCUGAUACCUCCCCUACAGUCUUCAUAAUCUCCGUAACUUGAAAUCAUUUACAACUGGAGUACAACCUGCGCACUGAUGUUAUAUUUGUUCAAGAUGGAGUUUGCAUUCAUUUAGAGGAUCUUUUUUUGUUUCUAACUUAGGGGAGAAGAUGACAGAACUUUUAUGCAGCUUGCAAGACAGCUGAGGCUGUAACUCCUGUGUCGGGUGCUGUAAACAUCUGAGAUUUGGCAGGAACAGCAAGCUUCUACUAACUUAGACACUUCCUGUGACUUAAAAUAACUUAUACAUGAGAAGUGCAGAAAUCAAACCACACUAAAAACACCCUGUUACCAUGAAAAAUGGAAUCGUUUCUAACACGAGAGGGCAGACCAGGAGAACGUAACAAGCCUUUGUGAUGACGCACAGUCAGGCUUACUAAUAUUUCAGUUAUUUAAUUUAGUGGGGUUUUUUGUUUUUUAUUUUGUUUAUGUUGAACCUGAUAAAGGAAAGUUCAUAUAAUAAAAUGUAUUUAUAAAAUGUGAAGGGCAGCAGCUAAUGUUUUUAUUUUUCACCUGCACAAAGUUUAGGGCCAAUGUUGUGCAUUGCUGAACUUUGCCUAAGUCCAUGCAAAACAUUAUCUUUGACUUUCUUGACUUGUAUAUCCCUACAGAAUGUGUCACAGUAUUAGCGCUGCCUCAUCCAUAGUUUUUUGGGUUUUUUAAAUAUUAUUUCCUAGAUAUCUGCAGUUAAUGUGCUCGCAGGGAAUCAACCUAAACUUGUACUGUAGAAAGGGAACAAAACAGGGUUGCGGACUUGGAUGUUACAGGCAAAUUCCAAUCGGCUUUUUAUUUCUCCUACCUCAUUUUGGGCGAUGCACAAACCCCUUUGGUGCCAUGACACCUGCAGCAUCUUUGCAGACAUCCUGGACACUCAAGGGCUUGACAAAGAGGUUGUCUCAUUUAUCUUUAUAACGUUAAUGGCGUAUAACGUGAAUGUGUAAUAUAAUACCAAAUUUGUGCCAGAUUAAUCUCUUUGGCUGAGUUCGUCCAAGCUGGCAGAAGUUGGCACGAUGGCACAAAUUGCUCCACGGCAGUGACAAACACUGAUUAGGUCCAUUUGGCUUUCAUACCGAUUUUUUUUCUUUUCUUCCAGUUUCAAGUCACUCUCCGUUUUCACAUGUAUGUGUUUGAUCUGAGACAGUAAGGUUUCACUCUGUGAAAUGCAGAUUUAGCAUCAUGGGAGGUUGAUGUUUUAGGCUAGUUCUCUGAAUUGUAAAAUGUAGGACAGUAGGAGGGCACGGGAGGGGCGGGCUUGUUCAUGAAGGGGAGCGACAUAUUCCUUUUGUAAGAAUGCAAUGCACUAAAACAAUUCUACGAAUGUAGUUAAUAAUGAUUAUUCAUAACUGACAUACCGUUGCUGUGUUUAGAUGUAAGAUUCCCAGUUCAGAAUUUUUUAAUGAAAAUAUUAAAGUCAGCUUUAUUUUCUGAGCAUUUUGACAUUUGUAAUAAAUGUCUGGACAGGAAUAACUUGUUCAGUGGCUACCCAUUCUUUACUCAAGGUUCCUGGAGUGUACAGUCGUGGUUGAUGUAGCAAUGCACAGUGUCAUUAUCAUUCAACCCCUUUUGAAGACUUUCUUUCUGGUAUGGGGUACAUUGUUGACAGCUGCCUUAAGCUGUUCAUUUGUGAACAGUUUCUCUUUCUAAUAUAGACUACUCUUCCUUUGUUUCUGCCAUUGUAUGAAACAUUUUGUUCCUUUUUUUACUUUUGCUCUUGAGUGCGCAGUCUGGCGAACAAGUCAGCUAGCACUCAUGCUGGUUCUGACUUACGAAAUGGUAUCAGCAUGAGCUGAUGUGAAGUAAAGACUGGGCAGAUGAAAGAGAACCUUUCCUAGUUGAAUAGUUCUCACAGUGUGAGCACUACUCUGCAGCCACCCCUUACAGACAUACUACUUUCCAUGACAUGGAAGCCUUAUAACUAAUGGCAGAAAUGUAUGUUUGGAAUUUGUAUUUGUUUUUUUUUCCUUUCCCAGUAGCACUGAAAAGCGAUGGUAAUGUGUACAUUUAGUUCCAUUUCUGUUGUAAAGGGCAGUGGACAUA